AUCGCGACACUGCAGGGGACUCGCCGGCCUACGGGUGGCUGCUUGGGCGCGGGAGGCGCGGGGCGCCGGGUGGGGCGGGGUCGCGUGCGGGGCGGGGACAGGACCGUCCCUUAUCUGCACGUCUAGGAGGACUGGCUCCCCGCGGGCAGGGGCCCAGACAGCAGAGGACAGGGACACAGGGCCAGUGUCGCCUCGGUACACAGAGGGACGCGGAGGCGGAGCGGGCCAGAGAGGCUCCGCGCCAGGCCGGGUCCGCGCCGCCGAUCGCCCUGGCCGCGCUGCUGCUGCUGGCGGCGCCCGGGCUCGGCGCGCAGGGCCCCACGCGCGCCUUCAGCGAGGACGUGCUCAGCACCUUCGGAACCAACCUCAGUCUCUCCGCCGCGCAGCUGGGGCUGCUGUUCGGGGAGCUGGGCGCGGGCCACGGCGGCCACGCGGGAGCCACCGGACCCGGCGCGCUGCACUUCAACCAGUGCUUAUCAGCUGAGGAGAUCUUCACCCUGCAUGGCUUCUCCAAUGUCACCCGGAUCACCAGCGCUGACUUCCCCAGCAUCUGCCCGGCCGUGCUGCAGCAGCUGACCUUCCACCCCUGCGAGGCCGAGCCCAGGCCCUCGUCCAAGCCCAGCCUGUCACAAGUCUGGGGCUACGGGCUGCUCUCAGUCACCAUCAUCAACCUGGCCUCUCUCCUCGGCUUGGUCCUGACACCGCUCCUCAAGAAGUCCUACUUCCCCAAGAUCCUGACCUACUUUGUGGGGCUGGCUAUCGGGACCCUUUUUUCCAAUGCAAUUUUCCAGCUUAUUCCAGAGGCAUUUGGAUUUAAUCCCAAAGUUGACAGCUAUGUCGAGAAGGCGGUGGCUGUGUUUGGAGGAUUUUACAUGCUUUUCUUUUUUGAGAGAACGCUUAAGAUGUUACUGAAGACCUACGGGCAGAAUGACCACACCCACUUCGGGAAAGACGACUUCGGCCCUCCUGACAGGACACAUCACCCCAAAGCACUGCCUGCUGUCAAUGGGGUGAUGUGCUAUGCCAACCCCGCUGUCACAGAGUCCAAUGGGCAGGUGCACCUGGACAGCAUCAGCGUGGUGUCCCUUCAGGAGGGCAAAAGGGAGUCCAGUUCAUAUGGCUGUCUGAAGGGCCCCAAACUGUCUGAAAUUGGGACGAUUGCCUGGAUGAUCACACUCUGUGACGCCCUCCACAACUUCAUUGAUGGCCUGGCCAUCGGGGCAUCCUGCACGCUGUCUCUCCUGCAGGGUCUCAGCACAUCAAUCGCCAUCCUGUGUGAGGAGUUUCCUCAUGAGCUAGGGGACUUCGUGAUCCUGCUGAACGCGGGGAUGAGCACGCGGCAGGCGUUGCUGUUCAACUUCCUCUCUGCCUGCUCCUGCUAUGUGGGGCUGGCUUUUGGCAUCUUGGUGGGCAACAAUUUUGCCCCGAAUAUCAUAUUUGCGCUGGCUGGGGGCAUGUUCCUCUACAUUUCUCUGGCAGAUAUGUUCCCAGAGAUGAACGACAUGCUCAGGGAGAAGGUGACGGGGCGGAAGACAGACCUCACCUUUUUCCUGAUCCAGAACGCGGGGAUGCUGACAGGCUUCACUGCCAUCCUGCUCAUCACCUUGUACGCAGGGGACAUCGAGCUGGAGUGAUGGGAUGCAGACGGUGGUGUCCUUAAUGAAGGCGUUUUACAAAGAAAAACAUCUCCAGAGGGAUUUUUACGCUUACUUAGUUAAAAGAUGCUUUUGUUUUUAAAUGUAGGUCAAGAAAACUGAUUAUUGGUUUCAGAUCUGUGAGAGAGACUACUCUUUGUUGUUAAAAUGCUUCAAAAGGUGUUCAGUUUCUGUCUGAAAUGCUGGGUGUAUGAGGUGUUCGGUAAAUGCCCAGUUUCCAGUGGUCAUGCACAUUAGAAAAUCACCAGGAACCAGACACAUGCAUUGUACAAUCACGUCGACUGACAUCAAGACGCAGGGUAAAACACAAGAUAGGUCAUUUGAGGCUUUACAUCUCAAUAGGAUCAAUUUCAAGCGGUUUCACAGGAGUUUUCUUUCAAUUACUUUGUUCUAGUGUUUCAAGAGCAGGUACAUGAAAAUGUGGAAGAGAAGCAAAACACACAACACAGAUCUAAAUGAUUCCAUGGCCUCAGUGAACCCAAGAAAGAAAGAUUGUGCUCAGCGUUUGUUCUGUUUUGUAUUUCCAUCAGGAACUUGUAACACUGUGUUAAAAGCCUUCCAAAAUAAUUUGAACUGAGAAAUCAAUAAAGGCUGGUGAGCCCUACUAGGUUUGGGGUUAGGGGUUUCUUAUUAAGUCAAGUCCAGCAGAUCCAGUGAAGGCUGGCACUGCGAUGGUGCAGCCCGCAAACAUGCAGUGGGUCCACCUCAGCACAGUGUACGGCGCUGGAGACAGGUCAGCUGUGGGGGCCAGGGGUUUAUUUGCUUUGUGACAGGGAAGAAUAUGUUGGUUUACAGAAUGCAGUUGUAAGUAAUUUAAAGAGGAACAUAAUUAAUUAGUGGAAGAUGUUUUAAUCAAUGCAAAUAACAGCUGGGCUGCCGUGUGUCGGGGGCUGACGAAAAGGGAAGCAUACAUUCCUUGGGACUGAGCGUCAUCAGGGACCGCGUCUUCCAUGUUCAGUCUACAUUUUUCCUGAGGUACUUCGGGGACAAAUUUGGCAGCCCUGGGGUUCUCUUCCUACUUUUCACAGAAGACAGAGCCUGUUUACCCAGAUAAUAGAAGAUUAAACACCCUAAUCUCAAUUCACACUCCCGAAUUACAUAAAAAAAGAUAAUUUGACAGUGAGGAAGAUGACCUGUGAAAGCCAAUGAUGAGCUCAGGAACUACAUUUUCCAUGGACUACAAAAUGUUCUCACACGGCAGUAAUGCAAAUUUGAUGAACAUUUAGUAUGUAUGUUAAUGUAUAUUUCAUUGUAUGAUUUACAGUUUAAAAAUUGUUUCAUCAAUAGAAAACACCUGUGAAAGCAUGUAUUAUACCAUUUAUUAUUCAUUUAAUGUGUAUCUUUUUUGAGUGAUUAUCAUGUACCUGGUAUUGUAGGGGACAGGGAAAAUUUGGAAAUUGGUGAUAUGUUUAUUUUGAAAAGAUACUUAGCGAACAAAUACUACAAAGACCUAUUGCUCAUUUCAAUAAGCAGAAUCUGUUUUUAUCAUUUCAUCUUUUUUUUACAUUCCAUCUUACUAAGUAAUCUUUGUCUUUCUAAAGCAUAGGUUGUAUGUCUUGUUUAAGAAACUCCUUACAGCAUUACAUUAAACAGAGAGUUUGAUGGCCUCUCA